AUGGGUAACCAACCUUCAUCGGAGCAGCCAAACAAUGGCAAGGGCAACCAGAAGAAGGAGGAGAAGGAGCAAAAGAAAAAGUGGGAGCCCCCACUGCCCACACGUGUUGGAAAGAAGAAGAUGAGAAAGGGACCUGACGCGUCAUCAAAGCUGCCAGCAGUGUUCCCAACGACUCGAUGCCGUCUGAAGAUGCUAAAGAUGGAACGUAUCAAGGAUUACUUGCUGAUGGAGGAAGAAUUUGUAGUGAACCAGGAGAGACUGAAGCCUCAGGAGGAAAAGACCCAGGAGGAGCGAUCCAAGGUUGACGAUCUUCGAGGUACACCCAUGAGCGUCGGUACUUUGGAGGAGAUCAUUGACGACGACCAUGCCAUCAUCUCGACUAGCAACGGACCUGAGUACUAUGUCAGCAUCCUUUCGUUUGUCGAUAAGGACUUGUUGGAGCCCGGAUGCUCCAUUCUCCUUCACCACAAGACGAUGUCGGUUAUCGGUGUGCUUCAGGACGAUGCUGACCCAAUGGUGAGCGUUAUGAAGUUGGAAAAGGCACCAACAGAGUCAUAUGCCGAUAUCGGAGGUUUGGAGAACCAGAUUCAGGAGAUCAAGGAGGCUGUCGAACUGCCAUUGACCCACCCAGAGUUGUACGAGGAUAUGGGAGUCAAGCCCCCCAAGGGAGUCAUUCUCUAUGGUGUCCCCGGAACAGGAAAGACCUUGCUCGCCAAGGCUGUUGCCAACCAGACCUCGGCCACCUUCUUGCGUGUUGUCGGAUCAGAGUUGAUUCAAAAGUACCUUGGAGAUGGUCCCAAGCUUGUCCGUGAGCUUUUCAGAGUCGCCGAAGAGAACGCUCCCUCGAUUGUGUUUAUCGAUGAAAUCGACGCUAUCGGAACCAAGAGAUACGAAUCCAACUCGGGAGGAGAGCGUGAAAUUCAAAGAACUAUGCUGGAGCUUUUGAACCAGCUGGAUGGUUUCGACUCACGAGGAGAUGUCAAGGUCAUCAUGGCUACCAAUCAGAUCGAGUCCUUGGAUCCCGCGUUGAUUCGUCCUGGUCGUAUUGAUCGCAAGAUUGAGUUCCCUAUGCCCGAUGUCAAGACCAAGCGCCGCAUUUUCAACAUUCACACUGGCCGUAUGCAGCUUGCGGACGAUGUUGAUCUGGAAGAGUUUGUGAUGUCGAAGGAUGAGCUCUCAGGAGCCGAUAUCAAGGCUGUCUGCACAGAGGCUGGUCUGUUGGCGUUGCGUGAGCGUCGUAUGAAGGUCAAGGCUGAUGAUUUCAAGAAGGCCAAGGAGAAGGUGUUGUACAGGAAGAACGAGGGCACACCCGAGGGCUUGUACCUGUAA